UUCAGUCCAUUUGACAUAUCUGCACUUUUGUGAGUCUCACAACACACACGGUUAACCAGAAUUUCGGUGUUAUUGUUUUUCCAUAGAAAUUUCGUUGAAAAAUUCUGUGAAAAUGACGGUAUUGAAGAAAGCUCAGCAAUGGGCUACAUUUGGUCGAACCUGGCAUUUAUAUGACUGUUUAUGGCAAAAUCCAUUUUAUUCGGCUAAAAUCAUUGCCACCCAUUUGAAGGGGUUGCAUAAACCCAUUUAUCAUCCGAUGUCUGAUUGCGGGGAUCACGUUGUCGUGAUAAAUACAUCAAAAAUUGCGUUGCCGGGCGAUGAAUGGACAAAACGUGUAUAUUUGCAUCACACGGGCUACGCUGGAGGGGCAACAUGGACAUUGGCCCAUGAGUUGCACGAAAAAGAUAAAACGAAGGUUAUGUGGUACGCGGUUUACGGUGCAAUGAAAACGAAUUUACAACGGCGAUACACAAUGCAACGCGUUCAUUUGUUUCCCGAUGCAAAUAUACCAGCCGAUAUGCUGGCCAAUAUCAGUAAUCAACUGAGACAAGAUCGUCCAGUACCGAAACGAAUCGACGAAUACGAUGAAGAGACGAUUAAAAAUUUCCCAAAAAUUAUGGACUAUCCAGAAGAUUAUGUUGUCAAAUAAAGUGUUUAAAUGCGCUUUUGUUAAGUAAUUUGUAGAAUUACGAUGUAUCAUAAUUAAAUGAAAGAAAUAAGAAAUCAUUUACGUUUUA